AGAUGCUUGGAUUCAGGAGAAUAUUCGGAUCUCACCAUCAAAUGUGGAAAUGACGUACACAAAGUACACAAAAUGAUACUUUGCACCCAGUCUGACUUCUUUGCAGGUGCUGUGAGAUUUCCGGGCAAAGAAUCUGAACAAUCAAACAUCGAUCUCCCUGAGGACGAACCGGCAAUCAUAAAGUUGAUAAUGGGAUAUUUUUACACUGGCGAUUAUAAAUGUGACCCACAAGAUCUGCCCGACUUUCCGAGUUCUUUUGUCGCCUUUUGUAAGAAGACUUUUCGCAACAAAGAAGAUGAAUUCUACACGUAUGACUUUCCACACUCGUGUGUAAAUUGUACACGGGAGCAAGGGGGUACUCCGCUCUGUCCUCAUCACCAUUGCUCACCUGAACGUAAUAGUUGCGGUUUCAGAUGCGACAAAUUUGUAUGCAGUUCCUGUGAGGAGCAGUAUGGUGACGAAAUCGAAGAAAUCAGGUUCAAAUUGCAAGCUGAAGAUCUUCUGGUUCAUGCGAAGGUGUAUGAAGUUGCCCAUAAGUACAACAUCGCGGGUUUGAAGGAACUGUCGAAAGAGAAAUUCAAGGAUGGGUGUGAGAAACAUUGGGAUGCCGAUGGAUUCUCAGCUGCUGCAGAUUACGCAUUCUCGACAGAGAGGGAAGAAGACAAAGGGCUAAGAGAUAUCGUUAUUGACACCAUCGCUAUGCAUAUCAAGCUCAUGAAAAAGCCAGAAGUUCAAGUGCUUAUGGGAGAGUUUGGCAGCUUGUCUCUCGGAGUCUUGUUGAAGAAGGCAGAUGACCAUCGCUGCUCUCUAAUAUCAGAUCUCUACUCCGACCUCCAAAUAACCUGCGGCCCAGAUACCCACGCCGUCCACAAACUCAUCGUCUGCCCACGCGCCGAAUCCUUCGCCCGAGCACUCAAAUUCGGCGGUCAAGAAAUUUCAACAAGCGAAAUCAACCUCCCAGAAGACGACCCAGCGAUAAUAAAACUCCUCUUACAAUACCUACACGAGGGUGACUACCACAUUCCCCCUUCCCCUUAUUCUUCUCCUCCU